AUUUCCAAAAUUACAAUCAACCAUAUCGGAAGUCCCAUAAUGCACUCAGGGAAUCGCCAUUUCCACUUUCAGAGUUGGACUUUAUUUUAAAUGUUUGAAAGUUUGGCUUCUACCUUUAAUUGGAGUGCACUGAUCUGUAAAUUUACUGUUGUUGGAACCGGCCACCCAAGCCUGCAGUCAUGUCGAAGGCAAAGACACAGCAGCCUGCAGUAAUACAUAAAGUUAUUAUGGUUGGAAGUGGAGGCGUGGGCAAAUCUGCACUUACACUACAGUUCAUGUAUGACGAGUUUGUGGAGGACUAUGAGCCAACUAAGGCCGAUUCCUACCGUAAGAAGGUGGUCCUAGAUGGAGAGGAGGUUCAGAUUGAUAUCCUAGACACUGCAGGACAGGAAGACUACGCAGCUAUCCGAGAUAACUACUUCCGGUCCGGAGAGGGAUUCCUUUGUGUUUUCUCCAUCACAGAACAAGAGUCAUUUCAAGCUACAGCAGAAUUUAGGGAACAGAUAUUAAGGGUAAAAAAUGAUGACAACAUUCCUUUUCUACUGGUGGGAAACAAAUGUGACUUAGAAGACAAACGUCAAGUAACAAUAGACGAGGCACAGACACGAGCUCAACAAUGGGCAGUUCCUUAUGUAGAGACGUCCGCAAAGACUCGCGCUAAUGUAGAUAAGGUAUUUUAUGAUUUAAUGAGGGAAAUCAGAUCACGGAAGAUGGAGGCAAUCCGACAGAGCAACGGAAAGAAAAUUCGCAAAAAGGAAAGCAAGAAAAGGAAGUGUACCAUUUUAUAAAAGAAAAGUGUGCUAGGAAGACCAGCUGGUUUUAAUAGAGAAACUUGACACACGGUGACCGAGUCACCGCAAAGAAAGGGAGAUUACUCUCAUCCAAUAUCUGAAGUGGGGAAACAAUCAGUCUACAUAUGAAGAUGUUCUUUGUUCCUUUGACUGUUUUCUGUCGUCCCCAUGUUUUAGAAUCUUCCUGUGGGGAUUGGUUGUAGUCAUACACCAGAAGUCUGUAGGAUACUUUUUCUGAGGGAAGGGAGACCAUCCUGUUCUAGUGUCAAGGACCCAUCUUUUUUAUCUGAAGGAAGGGAGAUAACUCUUUGAGGUUUUACUCAAUUAUAACCCAGUGAUUGUAACCCUAAUGUGUCAACACAAGUUUACACAGUGUUUACUAUUUUUGUGCUCAGUUUAAAACCAGGUGUUUUGUGAUGAUACUUCUUUUUGUGAUGUGGAACUGCUCCAGGAAGAAUCGGAUCUGACAUCCAACAAACUCACAAUAUAUUUUCUACUCAUACGCAAUUCUUGAAAACUGAUAAUUUAUUUCACUUCCAUAAUCAAGCCAGGAAAUUCUCAGUCAGUACAAAGGGAGACAACUCUUGUUGAAAUGGAGAAAAUAAACUUGGUGCACCAACAUACACAGACUAGAUCUCGCUGUUCCGACAUAGAGACUACAACUUGGUGCAGUGAGUGGGAUUAUCUGCACCAAUACACAGAAAUCGGCAGUUCAUUGUCUUUUUUUUUUUUAUUUAUCUAUAGUAUACAUGUUCAAAUCCAAUCUCCCCUCCUCAAACUUAGGAGUGACGCCAUCUAUUCCUUACGCACAAGAAAACUAAACAAAAAAUCUUAUUUAUUUUUAAACAGUGACCCAGCCAUGAUAUAUUGUCAGAUAAAAUUCUAAACAUCAGCCAUCACUUUAUUCAGAAUUCUGUUGAUAUCAACAAAUAAAACAAUCUGGUAAGUGGUAAUGAUAUCCAUUUUUUUAGAGAGUUCAUUUAUAAUACUUGUGAUAAAGGCACUGUUGGUGAUCUUUGCAAAGCUUCUGAUUUAGCUGAUAAUGCUAAAGUAUCAAUUUGCUUUCUUAAUACUAUGGAAGUUUAUAUUUUCUGUAAUGUCACACAUGUAAAUACCUGGCGAUUCUCUUAAGAUUUAAGUUAAAUUGUAUAUAUGGUGAACUCUUUCCUAGUGUAAAAUAUUGUGAUGUAUCCAUACACCCAUUACCGAUAUGUCAACCUUGACUUUUCAUACAUUAAUCGUCCAAGUCAUGCCAUUUGUAGUUAUUUUUCAAACAUAGGAAUCUUUUUCAGUCAUAAUUGCUUUUGGCUGCUGAACCAUGUCAAACUUUACAUCUGAAUUGAAUCAGAGCAGCUUUUAAUAUAUUGUCUCCAAGUCAAUGAUCUCGAAAGGUUUAAGGUCAAACUGGAGGUGGAGGGGAGUGUGGUUUGGAUCAUGCAAAAUUACAAUUGUCCAUGUCAUGUUUGAAAGUUUUAAGCAUAAAGCUAUACAUUUUUUGUAUGUCACAUUCAACGAUGAUCUCUUCAGUGACAUGGUAUUGGUUAAACAUUUCACUAAGUAUGUAAAUGGUAUUGUAAAGAGAUUUCAAACCUAAGUCAUAUACACUACCUACAUGUCCGUCAUAACAACUUGAGUACAUGUAUCCACUGGAAGGCUGAAUCAUAUGUAUAUGUAUACCCUGUCUGUCAAGUAAGUAACAUAAUCUGUCAAUUCAAUCACAAUUGUAAGCUUGAGUUUGAAAUGUCUUUGUGAAUGUCAUCCUGUGUUUUAUCUCCAAGACUUGGAAGGAAACAUUUUACUUUUACUUCAACGUUUUUCAAGCUCAGAUUUAAAUGUGUCAAGGAAUAUGUGUGUGUGGUGUUGACUUAAGGCUGUAUGCUGCCUUACUCUUGCAUGCAUCUCUUUCUCAAGAAUUUCAUACAAAAAA